AAACCCAAUAAAAAAACAUUGUAACCAUCACACAUUGACUUGAGUGAACAAAUGCUACUAUGUAAAAUUACAUCAAAAAACAUAUUCUUGUUUCUGGUUAGCAUUGGAGAGCAUGGCUGUGUAACCAAACCCAUGCAUUCCCACGUGGCUCUCUCUGAUAAACAAGAAUCUAAACACCUUUGUCCCAUCCAGUAUAUUAACACUCAUAAGUAACAAGCAACCACUAGCAGAAUAUGUCAAUGCCUAUGUUUAGUUACUUGCUCUAAAUCUAUUAGAAUAAAGGGCUAUAGUGUGUCACCUUUCCGAGGAAUAUAAUAGCAUUAAAGAAUAAGGAAGCAAAGAAAAAUAGAAGUGACACUGUAACUAAGACUUCACUUUUUUGCCACCUGUAAAAGGCCAUAGAGCCUCAGCUUAUCUACCACUUUCCAUGGGUUAAGCUGAUGAAUUCCUGCACCAACCAAAAGAUUCGUUUUAGCCAUCACUGAGUGAGUGUUGAUAUCCAUACGAAUUAAGCCACUAGAUUGAGUGUAAAAUAUGUUAUUUUGGACCACAUAAAUGAAUCUCAUUCAUCCACUGAAACCAGAAGUGUGACAAGCGCCACCACUGCAUUCAGAACCCAUCAGAAAAUCUAGUCUGUGAUCUGUUUAAUUUGAUCAUGUAGCACAAACUUAUAAACCACGCAAGAAAAUGGAUAUGAUAUUAGCAUAUAGAGAGUUUGAACUAGAUAUCUUUCCAGGAAAUUUAAAGAUAUGCAAUAACAAUUUUAGUAAAUCCUAACGAGUGUAAAGAGCAAAAUGUUAAUAAAUGAAUGUUAACAUUUAGUUUGCUCUAGAUUUCUUUUCAGGAAAAUGAAGAUACAGUAACAAUUAGUUGAAGUAUACUAGCAAAUGUAAGAGCCACUUGAAUGCUAAUCUUUAGUGAUGGAUUUGAGACACGUGAAAGUGCAUAAAAGUGAUUACCUUUUGCCAAAGGUCUCUGCUCUUUUGCACUUUUCCUUAGAUAGUUUUUUUACAGCCAUAUAAAGUGGAGAAUCCUCACAUAGCUUACAAUUGCACGCUUUGUAUGGUCCCUAGACUCUAAGAUUCUAGGUUCUCUUCUCAGUCCUUUCAAGAAAAGAAGGUUUUCUAUUUAAAUCUGAAAGAAGGAAAGUAUUCGCAACACAGAAGCUGAAAAAUAAUGAAACAAAUAAGUGACAUAGUUUUCUUUCCAUAAUAUCUCUAAAACUGAGUUUAAUUGGCUUAAAAUUGAAUUUUCCUUCACAUAAUUCCGAUGCAACUUCCAUGUAAGGUGGAGGUCUACACUUGUGAAUGAAGUUCCGAACCACAGAUACACAAAGAGAAAUAAUAAGCAAAACUAUAUUUCUUGAACUACAAGUGAUAAAAGGGUCAAUACACAACUCUUCAUGAGCUAGAACCACUAUAAAAUCCCCACUUUUUCAUAUCAUUAAUGUAAUGAACCUAGAAUCCUUCUCUUCUAUAAGAUUUAUCCAUUACAUUCAUCAUAAACCAGUAAAUAACAACAACUGGAAGUUAAGCUCCAAUUACCAAGAAAUUUGUUUUUGAAGUUUAAAAUCGUCCCUUACUAGAAAAAAAUAGUGUGGUGUAAGAAAUAAUGAAAGAGGAAGAGAUGCGAAAAGUGUAUCUUAGGACCAGCCUUUUUAUACAAGCAAGCUCACUUUUCAGCUGUAGACUCAUAGAGUUGAAGGAAGCCACAUGAAUUUGGCCACUAGGGUCUUCUAACCUUUGGACCACAUAAAUGGGUAUCAUUAGUACAUCCACUGAACCCAAAAGUGUCCUCAAACUCUAGAGAGUAUCAUAUUCAUACACUGUAGCUUUCCACAUAGUAAACAUUAUUAACAUAUCACCAACAAGGCAACUCAAAGCACUGGUGGUUACUAGUACAAAAGCAAACCCAAGAUGAUGGAUAUACCGUACACGAACGGUCAUCAGAUAGUUUUUUUUUUUUUGCUAAAUGGUCAUCAGAUAGUUUGUAGCUGCUAACCAAGAAAUAGUAAACGAAGGUGCUUUUAAAUCUGCAUCUACUGACCAUAUGGACUAGUAAACGAGAGUAGCUAAAAACGCUACAAUUUCCUCCGUGAUCCUAUAAAGAUAAGUCAUGUAACUUCCAUCUCUGGCCUGAGACAUAGCUGAAGUGUAUAAAAGCUAAUAUGGAAACAUAUAUAAAGCUGCAAUAAACAAUAUAUUAUCAUCAAAUUGUCAAAUUGUUACAGAAAAAAUUGUCAAACUGUUACAGAGACAUUUGACAACACCCAUGAGUCAUUCUUUAUUACCAUGAUGGUGAUCAAGUGCAAAUUUCUACAUAAAAUGUAGACAUGUGAUACAGACUAACCUAGCUCCUUUUGGACUACUAAUUUGCUUACAACUUGUGGUUCGGGUAACAGUUGGAGUUGGUGAUGGCUCUGGAACUCUGAAGCCUUACUCGGAGAUAUACCUGGACAGUUAUCACAAAGUUCAAGAAGGAAUAUUCAACUAUGUAAACUUUUCCUGGAGCCACCACAGAGAUAAAGUAUCUAGCUUUCCUAUAAAUAAAUCCAAGUGAAAAUAGUAAAAGGUGGUACGAAAAUAGUAACACCAUAUGGUGUUUUAUCCUCUUGAGAAUCUCUCAGUGGCAAGUAAGCAACGUGUGAAUAGUUCCCAACUAAUAGCUCUGUGCCACGUGUAAGCACUGAGGAUUCGGAUUCUCUCACAACAAGAUAAAGCUUUAUUAGCCCCUGCUCUUCAGACACAAUUUCCCACACACCAUCACACUUAAUUACUACAUCAGUGAGCUAACAUGUUCAAACAAGAGAGUAACAACAUUGGUAGUGAAGAGAACAACACCGGGCCGCGAGCUUGUGACACAUGCGGGUCAACCAUCUGCACCGUGUACUGCCAUGCUGACUCCGCCUACUUAUGCAAUAGCUGCGAUGCUCAAGUCCACUCUGCCAAUCGCGUUGCUUCCCGCCAUAAAAGGGUCAGAGUGUGCGAGUCAUGUGAGCGUGCCCCUGCUGCUUUUAUGUGUGAGGCAGAUGAUGUGUCUCUAUGCACAGCCUGUGAUUUAGAGGUUCACUCCGCAAACCCUCUUGCUAGACGCCAUCAGCGAGUUCCAGUUGUGCCGAUAACUGGAAACUCUUGCAGCUCCUUGGCCACCGCUAACCACACAACAGUGACCGAGCCAGAGAAGAGAGUGGUGUUAGUUCAAGAGGAUGCCAAAGAGACGGCUUCAUGGUUGUUCCCUAAAAACAGUGACAAUCACAACAACAACAACCAGAACAAUGAGUUGUUGUUUAGUGAUGACUAUCUAGACCUUGCUGAUUACAACUCGAGUAUGGACUACAAGUUCACUGGUCAAUACAAUCAACCUACUCAACAUAAACAAGACUGCACCGUACCAGAGAAAAACUACGGUGGAGAUAGAGUUGUUCCACUCCAACUUGAAGAAACAAGAGGAAACUUGCACCACAAGCAACAUAAUAUCACGUAUGGCUCCUCAGGAAGUCACUACAACAACAAUGGUUCCAUAAACCAUAACGCAUACAAUCCAUCAAUGGAAACUGACUUUGUUCCGGAGCAGACAGCACCUGACAAAACAGUUUCACAUCCAAAAACGCACAAAGGGAAGAUAGAGAAACUACCUGAACCUCUAAUUCAGAUUCUCAGUCCAAUGGACAGAGAAGCUAGAGUCCUGAGAUACAGAGAGAAGAAGAAGAGAAGAAAGUUUGAGAAGACAAUAAGGUAUGCUUCAAGGAAGGCAUAUGCAGAGAGAAGACCGAGGAUCAAUGGACGGUUUGCAAAGAUUAGUGAAACCGAAGUAGAGGACCAAGAGUACAACACAAUGCUAAUGUACUAUGACACAGGAUAUGGCAUUGUUCCUUCAUUCUAUGGCCAAAAAUAAAGAAUACUAGAUUGCUAACCUGUAAAUAAAUGUUUAGUUUGAGAUUAUGUAAGGUUUGGUGAAAUUCUUGGCUUCAAGAAUGAUUACUUAUGCUGCUAUGUAUAAGGGUGUGUAGUUUUUGUUGCUAGCUAGUACUAAUUAGUGUUCUUCUUCCUUUAAACACAACCUGUCUACUCCAUAAUUGAGAAAUAUAAGCUAAGUGAGUUCUCUUA